AUGCAGGAGAUGGCGGGAUUCUACUACUACUACUGUCCCAAGAAGAAGAAGAGCACCCUCACUAGGUCACCCUACCUCAAGCAGACUACUCCCGUGCCCGAUGCCCGUCACGACGCGAGCAAGAGAACCGCCCAGACAUCCACGCUGAACGCCAACAAACAGGAGAACGACAACAUGUGCACCAAGCAGCACAGCGACGACGACGACUACCCGAACCCCCAGCAGCCCCACCUCAGCGGUCAACCAACACCAGCCCACGCUGACAACCAGUACUCGCAGUACUACGCCGAGUCGUCCUUCUACGCCAACAGCACGUACAGCGCGGUGUAUUCGCGCGCGUACCUGCUUGAGGUGGACGAGGUGUGCAUCCUGCUGUACUGGGACUGGACGGACGAGUACGACGUGGAGCUGCUCAAGCCGCUGCAGCGCGUGCUGGGGCUUAACGCGCCCGUCUACGGCAUGCGGCCGAUGCACCGCAUGGGGCAGAUUCCACUGUAUGGCGCCUUCCAGGCAAUGACUAAGCUCAACAGCGACUUCUCGCUCUUCUCGCCGGACGACUUGGACGUCGUCUUCGAGCACUUCAUGCAGCUCAAGUACUUGGACAAGUUCACGCUCACGAGCGGUGGCGAGGGAAUCGUCAUAACGCCCAAUGUUUCUGGCCACCUCGGCCCUGGCGGCGCGCUCUGAAGGGUCAUGAAGGAGACGGACGACAUUAUAUACCGAUGGAAUACAACCACCGCUCGGAGCACGUGCUGCAGAAGACAAUCCUGGACUCUUUUUUCGCUCGAUAAACAUCCAGAGAGCAAGAAACUACCGCUGCUGUUCUCAUCGUUGUCGCCCUCUCCUGCCUCACUGCCCGUGCGCCUCGGAGCGUUUGUGCUGCUACGCUCCGCCUGCUGUGUCUCCAGUCAUUCGAGAACGCCUCGUUCGUGGCCUCGCUGCUCUAGCAGAUCCUCCUCCGCCCAGGUGUCCUUCAUCGACCUCCCCGUGGUCCUCCCACCGGCCGAGCAGGCAGCCAUCGCCGGCACAACGUUCGUCCUUCUGGCCGAGACGUCCCUGGCGGUUGGGCGAUGCCCGCGUGCUGCUGCCCGUGACCGCCGACAUGCGAGGCUUCGAUUGCGGAGCGGCCGACAGCAACAUGAAGUGGCCGCUCCAGCUGCAGUAUCGACA